CGCUGGGUCAGGCGGAGGGAUCCGCGAAGGGCCGGCGGCAGAGCGGCUCGCGGCGGAGGCAGCGGCGGCCGUAACGGCGCCGGGGCGUCCCUCAGGCCCCGCGCGUCCCUCAGGCCCCGCACCGCCAUGGUCGUACUGCGGAGCAGCGUCGUCCGCUCGCCAGGCCUCACAGCUCGCAACAGCCGCCGCCGACCGCCGUUUGACAUCAUGGACUCCAGUUCCGAGUUCAUCUCGUUAGAACCCUCGUCGUCCGGCAGCAGCCGCGUGUGGACCCGCUCCGGGGCCGCUUCGUCCGGUGCCGGGGCCGUGGGAUCCAGGAGGACCAGGAGAACUUCCGAAGCCGAUUUUUCCCAUGGGAAAAUUGUCAGUUUCAAUGGACACUGUUUGAGAUCAACAAGAAAAAAUGUGACCUCCUGUUCAGACUCCAGCUUAGACAGAAGCAUGGAAAUAUUGAGUGAAAAUGUCAAUCAAAGACACUUUACAAGGGAGUUAGAAAAGCCAAAAUCAGACCCAAAAAAAGAAGAAUAUCAAGAAGUCACCACACCACUGAGGACCAGAGCUGGUACAAAAGCGGCAGAACAAGCACAUAAAGAAAAUGGGGAUUUGGAAGUCCGCCGAAGCUGCCGACUUCGACAGAGUUGUUAUACCACCACCAACCAGUCUGUUUUGUUUGAUAAACUUAUCACAAAUACUGCAGAAGCAGUCUUGCAAAAAAUGGAUGACAUGGAGAAGAGGCGUAGACGGCGGAUGAUGCAGAGCCUUGUGUUCCGCUGUGCUGAAGAAAACCUCGAUAUCUACUCCCGAGGAAAGAAAGGAAUCCAAAGAGAUGAUGAAAAGAUAGUUCAAGAAGUUUCAUCAGAAGAAAGUGAAGAGAAAGAAGAUGAUGGUGAUGGUGAAGGCGAAGGUGAAGGCCCUCGGAAGCGUUAUGACCUUCGACAGAGGAAAACUGUGGAACGCUAUCAAGCUCCAUUGGAAGAACGAAGACAACGCAAGAUACAUUUUUCAGGCCAGUCUUCACCUGUCAGACAGAGAUACUCAUUUAGAAGUGCUCCAUCCCAAGACGCUUGCUGCAAAAGAACUAACAGGCAGAGACGAGCAGUCCACAACAGUGAUUCCUCAUCUUCAUCGUCAUCCUCAUCCUCUUCCUCAUCUGAUGAUGAAGAGCAUUUUGAGAGGCGUAGGAACCACAGCCAUAACAAAGAUUUGAGAAGGUGUCUUCCACUGAACUUUCGGAAAGAUGAGUUGAAGGGAAUUCGCAAGGAUCGAAUGAAAAUCGGAGCAAGUCUGGCUGACGUUGAUCCCAUGCAAAUAGAUUGCUCGGUACGGUUUGAUGGUGUGGGUGGUCUUUCUGACCACAUUUCAUCUUUGAAAGAGAUGGUCAUCUUUCCAUUGCUUUACCCAGAAGUCUUUGAGAGAUUCAAAAUUCAGCCUCCAAGGGGCUGUUUAUUCUAUGGCCCACCGGGGACUGGAAAGACACUGGUUGCUCGUGCACUUGCUAAUGAAUGUAGUGAUGGGGACAGGAGAAUAGCCUUUUUUAUGAGAAAAGGUGCUGACUGCUUGAGCAAAUGGGUGGGGGAAUCAGAACGACAGCUUCGUUUAUUGUUUGAUCAGGCCUACCAGAUGCGACCUUCAAUUAUUUUCUUUGAUGAGAUCGAUGGUCUUGCUCCUGUGCGGUCCAGUAAACAAGACCAAAUUCAUAGCUCUAUUGUCUCAACACUUCUGGCACUUAUGGAUGGCUUAGACAGCAGGGGAGAGGUUGUGGUCAUUGGAGCCACCAACAGACUGGAUUCCAUAGAUCCUGCUCUACGGAGACCUGGACGCUUUGAUCGAGAGUUCCUCUUCAGUUUGCCAAAUAAAGAGGCUAGGACUGAGAUUUUCAAGAUUCACACACGAGACUGGAGCCCCAAACCAGUGGAUGCUUUUCUUGAGGAGCUGGCUGAAGAAUGUGUUGGAUACUGUGGUGCUGAUAUUAAAUCCUUAUGUGCUGAAGCUGCUCUCUGUGCUUUGCGCCGCCGCUAUCCUCAGAUAUACCAAAGUAACAAGAAACUGCAGUUAGAUGUGGCUUCUAUUAAAAUAACAGGAAGGGAUUUUGUCAUGGCUAUGCAGAAGAUUGUUCCAGCUUCACAGAGGGCUGUGUCUUCACCUGGGCAAGCACUAUCACCUAUUUUAAAACCCCUACUUGAAAAUACACUAGCAAAAAUUUUACAAGCCUUGAAGAGAGUAUUUCCCUAUGCAGAGUUUGCACUAAAGGAGGGCCAGCAACAAGACAGUUUAAAUCAUAUUUUAAGAAAUGACAUGAUGGGAGGCGAUGAGGAGUCGCCGUCAAUCUUUGAAGGUUUGCCAACUCCUCAAGUGCCUGAUGGACAAAAUGAAAAAUUCCUCAAUUUUAGCAGAAAUGCUUAUUGCCAGCCAACAUCUUGCAGGCCACGGUUCUUAAUAGUCGGACAACCAGGAUAUGGUCAAGCUUCUCAUUUGGCACCUGCAGUAAUACAUACCCUGGAAAAGUUUCCCGUUUAUACACUAGACCUAGCUACUUUGUUUGCUGGUGUCACAUCACCAGAAGAAACAUGUGCACAGGUGAUGCGAGAAGCUCAAAGAACAGCACCAAGUAUAAUUUAUGUCCCACAUAUCCAUUUGUGGUGGGAGACUAUUGGAGCUACAGUGAAAACUACUUUUACAACACUACUGCAGAACAUUCCAGCAUUUGCUCCAGUUUUGCUGCUUGCGACAUCAGAUGUAGAUCACAGAAAUCUCCCAGUAGAGGUAAAAGAAUUGUUCCUGAGGGAUUAUGAAAUUUUCAACAUUGAUUUGCCUACUAGGGAAGAAAGAGGAACGUUUUUUGAUGACUUAGUUAUGACUCAAGCUGCUAAACCUCCUGUAUCAAAAACCAGUGCAGCUUGUCGGCCAUUGGAAAUACUGCCUGUGGCACCACCGCCUGAGCCUCGACAGCUGACAGAGGAAGAAGUAAAACAGCUGGAGGAGCAGGAGGAGGAUACGUUACGUGAACUUAGGAUUUUCUUAAGGGAUGUGACUCACAAACUUGCCAUUGACAAACGUUUCAGAGCCUUUACGAAGCCUGUUGACUCAGGGGAGGUCCCUGACUACGACACGGUGAUUAAACAGCCCAUGGACCUUUCCAAGGUUCUUUCCAAGAUUGACUUGCACCAGUAUCUGACUGCAGGAGAUUUUCUAAAAGACAUUGAUCUAAUCUGUAGCAAUGCUUUAGAGUACAACCCAGAAAAAUAUCCUGGAGAUCGCCUCAUUAGGACCCGAGCUUGUGCUUUGAGAGACACUGCAUACUCUAUAGUGAGAGAAGAACUAGAUGAAGCUUUUGAAAAAGACUGUGAAGAAAUUAAAGAAUCUCGUCAGAAAAGAGGUUGUAGCUCAUCCAAGUACGCUCCAUCUUACUACUGCGUAGUGCCGAAACAGAACUCUCUUCCUGGGACUGAGAAAACUGACCCACAGUGUAAUGAAAAACUGAAGAUGCCAGCAGCACCUGUACAUUCCAGUACACCCCACUCUAUUGAAAGAUCAGGAAGAAAACGCAGAAAGAACAACAAAGAGACUUUUAGUAUCAGAGCAAAGAGAAAGAAUAUUCAGUUCAAUAAAGAGAAUAAAGUUCCCGAAGACUCGAAUGAAGAGGAUAAUGAUGAAGAGUGUCUAGAAAAACAUGUUUCUAACACAGAUCACACCGAAGUGUGCACACAAGAUCUUUCUGUGGAAGAAAAUGAAAACAUACUUCAAGAACAACAGAAAAACAGGAAUAAAUAUAAAUCUGGGACAGAGAAUGAACAAGAGAGAGUUCUCCAUAUGGCUAAGCCUGCUUCUGAAAUGAAGAGUGACAUGCUUCGUCUACAUUCAGACCAAAGAAGGAGUGAGAUGCCAGAUGGCUUAAUAACAGAAAAUUCUGAAGGAGAGUCAAAUGAUUCGGGCGUAUACUCCGCGAUUUGUAGGAGACAACGGGUAGAAAGGCAACAGGUGACGUGUGUUGAGAGAAAAAAGAAAACUCUUACACCGACGGUGGUUGUGGAUUACUAUGAACUAAAACAACUGUUGAAUUCUAUUGUUCUGUCAACAAAGAACUUCAAUGUAUUUCAACUGGAAAAGCUGUAUGCUCUUCUGAGUCAGUGGAUUUACCGACAUCGGGAAGACUCUGACAAAAGUGAUUUAAUUAAGGACAUGAAGAAAGAAAUUUCAGCCUUCAGUUACGCUCAGUGACACCUGAUUUCAGCACACUUUUUAACUUUGUAAAUCCUUCAAAAACUCCUUAAUGCAGUACAGAGGUUUGGUUUGGUUGGGUGGGUUUUUUUUUUUCAAUUAUCUGAGAGCACCUCAAGUAGUUUUCCCAAAAUUAACAGUGUAACAUAUGUGGGAGAAACACUCUUUCCACAAAGGUAAAUUUUCCUAUGGGAUGUCUUUGUCAGUCCAAAAACCCAAACAUGAAACAAAGCAAGAUUUACUACCCUGUCUUUCUGAUCUAAAGUUUACUCUUGUUUGUAAUAAUGACAAUCUUCUUGAUACCAGAGAAUACCCUUACUUUAGAGCACAUACACACACACAUGCAUACAGAGAUAUCAUUCCCUUAGUAGCUGUAGGUCAAGUGGCUUGCAGUUGAAUUAAAUUGUAAAUACUUUUCGAGUUACCUGGAAAGAAUUAAAUCUCUUUAUUACAUAAAAGGGAAAAUAUUGUUGGUAAGAAAUGUAUUUAAAUCAAAGCAAUAUGUGUACCUCUUCAGCAGAGAAAAUUGCUCACAGUUAUUUUUUGGUUUUACUUGGUAAUUAGAUAAGCUAAGUUCUAAUUUUAUGAGAAUAAAAUUUUAUCUCAGUUGUGAUAAAAUACAGGGCAGGGUACACUGUUGUUGUGUAGGGUCACCUCACGCACACAACAUCUGGUGAUGCUGAAUGCCUAACUGUGCAAUCCCUCACUGUGUGUGUUUGGUUUCUCAUGUCUUUUGGUUUUUUAGCUUUAUUCUUUUUGUUGUUUCUUUCUAGUAUGUGUGUCCAAACCUUUGUGUUCUAUGCAGAAUUUUUUUCUCCUCUGUAUUGUUUGAAUUGUUAUUAAUAAAAAACCCCACAACUGGUUUUUACGGGACAUCUGUUUUAUUUUAAUCACGGAAUAACGCUGAUCAUAACAAACUUUACUUUAAAACCAGCGUGAGUCUUAAGAACUGUACACUCGUGGUGUAUUGGUUAUACAGCAAUGGCAAACGGGCAAGGAAGAUGACACU